AACCCUCAAGGAACGAAAAGGGAAAGGUUCAGCAAUGGGCGACGGUGAGAUUUGUAAGUCAGUAGCAGAGGUGCUAGGCGGGCAGGUCUCGGCCCACGAUCAGGACUCGUCGAAACGUAUUGACGGCAGAGCCGGGGCAGCAGGGGAAACACCGCAGGAUCAGGGCGACACCCCCACCGUGAUCAAGACGAAGGAAGACAGCGUCGUCGUGGAUGUGGAUCCUUGUAAGGCGACUCAAUGGGGACUGGACGAUGUGGUGAGCUGGGCCAAUGGCGAGCACUUCUCCAGGGUUCUAAGCGACUGCUUGCGCGCGGAGUCCAUUGACGGACCGGUCCUGCUGUCCCUGACCGAAUCGGACAUCAGAGAGCUGCGCUACGGGCUCGACUACAAGCUCGCCUUUGGCGAGCUCAAAAAGUUCUGGCUGGCGGUCUGCAAGCUCCAGCAGCUGGUGAAGGUCAGCGGCAGGUCCAAAUCGCUGGCGCAGGUCGGGGGGCAGCAGGAGGUGCACUGCCCCAGCGAUGGGUCCCGCUGCGAGAGGCAUGGGCGCAUGGCCAGGACCCACAUACCGCCGGAGUACUCGAAGACGGCCUUGAGCCUGGGCUACUCGUUUGUGGUGACCUGGAUAGCCUCGUUCGUGAUGGUGAUUGUGCACGAGCACGUGCCGGAUAUGGAGCGCUACCCGCCGCUGCCGGACAUCUUUCUCGACAAUCUUCCGCACAUUCCCUGGGCCUUCGACAUGUGCGAGAUCACCGGCUCGGUGCUGUUCACCUUGUGGGUGCUGGUCCUGAUCUUCCACAAGCACCGAAUGGUGAUGCUGCGGCGCUUCUGCGCGCUGGCCGGCACCGUCUUCCUGCUGCGCUGCGUGACCAUGCUGCUCACGUCGCUGAGUGUGCCGGGGACCCAUCUGAAGUGCAGCCAAAAGGACUACGCCAUCGACAAGGACAGCGUGGACGCGACGAACGCCAUGGUCCUGCGCAUGGGCCGGGCCUACCGCAUCUGGAGCGGACUGGGCAUGUCAAUACAGGGCGUGCGGACGUGCGGCGACUAUAUGUUCAGUGGCCACACCGUUGCCCUGACCAUGCUCAACUUUUUCAUCACGGAGUACACGCCACGCACGCUGUACCACCUGCACACGUUCACCUGGCUGCUGAACAUGUUCGGGGUCUUCUUCAUACUGGCCGCCCACGAGCACUACUCCAUCGAUGUCUUCGUGGGCUUCUACAUCACGUCGCGCCUGUUCCUCUACUACCACACGCUGGCGAACAACAGAUCCCUCAUGCAGAGCGACGCCGGCCGGACGCGCAUCUGGUUCCCCCUGCUCAGCUACUUCGAGAGCGCCGCAGAGGGCAUUGUGCCCAACGAGUUCGAUUCGCCCCGCACCCUGUUCCGCCGCCUGAACGGACACUUCUCGAGGGCCAAGCACUACAUGAAGAUGGGACUGCAUCGCUGCUGGCUGGAGGAACAUUUCUCCCUCAAGUCAUCGAUGCUUAGCUUUGGGAGCUCGCAGCAGAUCUCUUCCCAGAGUAGUCAGACCACCCAGACGACGAGCAGUACGAGUGACAUGGACAUGUCGUUGUCUGAGCCAGAAGCCCACAACCAGAGCCACAACGGGAUUGUCAGAGGUGUCGGACUUGAGCCCUGCUCCAGGGUCGGCGGGACCUCAGGCCAGACUUCCCAGACUUCUUUUCCGCUGCUGCCGAAAAAGAAGAAGGUGGUGAAGAUCUGAUUGUGAUUUGGGAUUUGUAUCCUCGAAUGUGUACCGCAAACAGCUCUUGAACAGCUUUUCCCCAUUGCAACUCCUCUAUGGGUGUACAUCCAUCACUCUCUCCAUCAUU